AAGAUGGAAAAAUAGCAUCCCAAGCAAACAACUAACUUACCCACCACAUUUACUUUUGCUCUCUCUCUCCCCAUUCCCUUUUCCCCUUAUCUCUUUCUCCAUCCAUUGCACCAAAUUCCCUCAUCUCAUCACAAUCCCAAUUGAUCCAAAGCAAUCACUUCCUAUGGAUUGGUUCGCGUGGCUAUCGAAAUCCGGCCUCGACCCUGGCCUGGUUUAUGAGUACAGUCUCGAGUUCACGCGGAAUGAGCUCCAGGCUGAGGACCUCCCGCACUUCGACCACGAGUUUCUCCAAAGCAUGGGCAUCUCCGUAGCCAAGCACAGGCUCGAGAUCCUCAAGCUAGCCAGGAAGGACUCUUCGAGGCUCGGCAAACAGCUCUCCGGCCUCUUCUCGGCGAUCCACAGGACCAAGAGAUCGGUCGGAAAGUACAUCGGGAAGCUGAUUUCGCAUGAGGAGGCCGCGGUCAAGGAGUCGCAUGAGGCCGGCGAUGGCAGUAGAGAGAACUGGAGAUUGGCUUUGACGAGGCAAUGCAAGAGUGAUAAGGAAGGGAGACCGGCGGUUAAGCAUAGGAGCUUAGCACUUUCCGGGCCUCUAGAUGGGAAGUAUCAACACAAGUACCUAACCGCAGCCCAUAGAAGCCCGAAACUUUCCGGUCCUCUGGUGUACGGUCCGAAGAGCCCGAUGUUAUCCGCGGCUCUAGACGUGAAAUCCCAUGAGAAGGCGAUGCGCGCCCUGAGGAGCCCGAAGUUAUCGGGGCCUCUUGAUGGUUGGGCAGUGAAUAGGAGCCCGAAAUUGUCCGGGCCUCUUGACGGGCGGCAAGUAACGAAUAAGAACCUGAAGUUUUCUGGCCCUCUGGAGCGUACUACAAACAAAAGCCCGAGAGUCUCUGGUUCUCUUGAAGGAAUGGGACCAGGCAUGCGGAUGAGCCCUAAGGUUCAUGGCAAUGGUAACUUCGACGUGGGGGUGAUAGAUGCCUUUGAUGAGCACUCACUCUGGGCUAAGCUGUUCCAUGACAUGAAACCAACAUGAGCAACUCUUUGUUAUCACAUUACUACGGGAUAUUCCGACUUAUUCAGCAGUCUUUUAUUACUUAUAAUUCCAUAUAUAUACAAAGGAUUUAGUCGAUUCCGGUUUUGGGGAUGUUAUCGGUUACGAAUUGCUUCCACGGAGAUGGAAGAUUCAUUUGUUCUCAUGCGAUAUAUGAGCAAGUAUCGAUCUCUUAUUAUGCGCAUUAAAAAGGAGAUGAAGAUCGAAUUUGUCCA